UUCUCUAAAAGUUCUUGAGUUUCUUUAGGAAAAAAAACACUUUCAACUUUUUCAUAACAUCUAGAAGGAAAACAAAAACAAAAACAAAAAGAAGCAAUGGGAAGAUCACCAUGUUGUGAUAAAAAUGGACUCAAGAAAGGUCCAUGGACACCAGAAGAAGAUAAUAAACUCAUCCAGUAUAUCCAGCUUCAUGGUCCUGGAAAUUGGAGAACCCUCCCUAAGAAUGCUGGACUUCAACGGUGUGGAAAGAGUUGUCGUCUUCGUUGGACGAAUUACUUGAGACCGGAUAUUAAGAGAGGAAGAUUCUCAUUUGAUGAAGAAGAAACUAUUAUCCAACUUCAUAGUGUUCUUGGAAACAAGUGGUCGGCUAUAGCGGCUCGUCUUCCAGGAAGAACAGACAACGAAAUCAAGAAUUAUUGGAACACUCACAUUAGAAAAAGGCUUCUAAGAAAUGGUAUUGAUCCAGUGACCCAUAGUCCUCGUCUUGAUUUAUUAGACUUAUCAUCCCUCCUAAAUUCGACUCAAUUCAACCUUUCGAGCUUACUUGGACUACAAGCACUUAUAAACCCUGAAGUCUUUAGGCUUGCAACUACUCUGUUGGCAUCACACAAUGAAAGUUCCCCAGAAUUGUUACUACAAAAACUUCAAGAAAAUAACCAAAUGUUUAGCAACUCUCAGCUACAAAACCAUGAAGGGUCUGAAUUAUUGUUACAGAAACUUCAACAAAAUCAAUUAUUGAAUGCCCAAGUGCAAAAUCAACCUCAAUUUUUCCAAUACCAAAAUCAGAUUCAAGAAAUACCAAAUUUCACCACCACACAAAAUGUUGCUUGUUCAUCUUCAUUAUCACAGCCCAUGCAAUUAUUAGGACACGUGGACGAAUCCUAUUUGAUGAAUGGCCAAAUGCUCCCUCCACAAAAUUAUGGUUAUUGUAAUUCUGAUGCUUCUGAUAAUUCAACUUUCCAAUCACUCAACAACAACAGCAGCAAUCAGAACUUCAGCCUAGAUAAUUCAGUGUUGUCGACGCCCACUGAAGAUGAAAAAGAGAGCUAUUGCAGUAAUUUGAUGAAAUUCGAAAUUCCAGAGAGUUUAAAUUUCGAUGAUUUUAUGUAAAUAUCGAAUGACAUUGUCCAAAAUUUCAUGUGUUUUUUUUUUCAUCUUUGUUGUUGUUGUUAUUGUUUUAUUUUUCUGUAGGGACAUUUGGAUGGAACCAUUGUUACAUUUUUUUUUUUAGUUUUUGGUACAUCCAAAUUCUAAAGUUUGUAAUGUUAGGUGAAUCUUGUUUUAGAAUUUUAUCUAUACAUACCAGUUGUUGUUUGUUGUCUUAUUAUAUAUCAUUCUUUCUUUUCUUUUUUUUUUCAAUGUAACUGGUGGAUUAUAUGCAUAUACAAAAAGCUCUUUUCCCUCAUAUCUUGCUUCUCCAAGUUUCUUUAUUCAUACUUUUCAAGUGUAUUGUACUUUAAAGAUUCGAAAUCAAAAUUGAGUACCUAGAUAACCAACUCUAGUGACUUGAUCAU